AAUCGCUCGCAGCGCUCAGGGUAGCGCUCCGCUCCGCGUGCAUCGGGAGGGAUCGAUCCCCACACACGCCGGAGGGGAAUCCGCAACCGGUGAGGAGAGCAGGGACGGCGGAGGCGGUGAAGCGAUGGAGAAGUCGCCGCCGGCGCCCGCCCCAGCGGCGGCCGCGGAGGAGGUGGCGGCGCGGUUCAGGUCGCUGGUGGACCCUGACGACGUCGCCUCCAUCAGGCAGACGCAGCACCUCAUAUUGGGGCGAUUGCAAGAUAGCAAUGCAGUUCUCACACAUUUUAAUGAGUAUUCCGAGCAAUGCUUUGCAGAAGUGUCUAGCGAUUUUGCUAGUAAAACUCGACUUCUCAAGUCCAUGAAAGCUGAUCUUGAGCAUAUUUUCACAAAGCUGAGAGCAAUGAAAGCAAGGCUAGCGGCCACUUAUCCGGACGCUUUCCCUGAUGGUGCGAUGUCAAAGACGAUAGACCAAAGACCAGACCUUGAAAGUCCUCUGGAUUAGGUGGUCUAACGCCAAAAUUGGGCAUGUUAGUGAUGAAAUAUACAGGCGUAGCUAAUAGAUUUAGUUCAGAUACUCGAGGGCUGAAGCAACAUAUCCUCAUCUUAUGUUGUUUCAGAAAAUUCUAUCUUUGAGGAACUUGUGCUUCUGUUUAUACAGUUGUAACUCUGUAUUAGAACUGGGUUUAUAAUAGAUAAGUAUCUUCUGUUGGUGCAAUUA